AUGCGGGUCGCACUGCUCUUUCUCUUCUGCCUGGCUUGCCUGGCGUUCACAGCUCAGGCGGCUCCGGAGUCGAUCAGCAAUGCACCUGCUCAGCACAAUCGCGAUCAAAGCUCGAGCAAGCGUUCGAAACAUCGAUCGAAACAUGAUCGCGAGGAUCGGUCGAAGCGUCGCCACCACAAAUCGCACAAGGGCAGCAAGCGCGAGCUGGCGCCCUUUGAUCGAGUAGCAGAGGAAGCAGCGUUCUUCGCGGAAAGAGGCAGGGGCGCUGAGACUGCGAUGGCAGACCACGAGCUGCGUCUGCGCAACAAAGUCGAGGAGAUGGAGAAGAAGCUGCGCGACAAGGAAAGAUCGAGGCAGCACGAAAUCGAGAUUGAAGAUUCCGUCCACGUCGCCAAGUAUGGCUCAAAGCCCACCAAAUUCCCCACCAUCACGAGGGUCAGUGGUGUGAUCGGCCUGUCCGCUGCGGUCCUCAACGUUUUCAAUCUUAUGUUCGCCGUCAAGACGACCACGCUAGCUUCCAGCCAGUUCAGCUCCCCCCCAUCGCCACCGACGUUGCUGGACACUGCUGCCCGCUGGGACGGCCACCAAUAUGUACUCUUGCCCGAGCCGAAGGAUCCGGACAAGGACUCUGCCGGAGGAUCCAAGAUGCAAGUCAGCGACAAGCCGGGCGACAAGUCGGCGAACACCAGCAACAAGCAAAAGCGCAUGGUCAAGCGUCGAGUUUCUCAGGCUCCCCCAACCUCGGUUCAUGGCGCCCAAGACCUGUCGAAGCGCUUCUGGGUCUCUGCCCUGGUCGGUAUGGGGCUGGGAGCUGCUCUCUCGCCUGGGUUGCCUUCUGCCGUCAGAGGCAAUGAGGACAAGGAUGCCAUCAAGCCUCCUUUCGAUCCGUACGACCCCAACAUCCUCAAGCCCAAGGACCCCUUGGCAGCGACCGCCGUGCAACCUAACGCGGACCUUUCGAGUGUUCUCCGUUCGGCUUCGGAUGCUAGCACUCCUGGCAGCAACCCGCCGAUUUCGAGCCAGAAUGGCAUGUCUUCGUCCGGAUACGUCUUCCCCGACACCAAUUAUGUCCAACAACAGCCCGUAUACAACACUGGCUACACCAGUGCCGAUGGUGCAACUUCACCCUCUGCUGAUGGUGCCCAGCCGGUGCUGCGCAAGCGAGACUGGAUCGAGGAGCGAAUUUCCAGGGUCAGCCAGUCCGAGGGCGCGUCGUCAAAGCGACUCGAGAAGCGAUUCCUCUUCACCGGUGGACCGGCCGGUAAGCUUGCCGGAGGCGUGGUUGCGGGAAGCGUGAUCCCCCUUCUCUUCAACGGCGUCACUCACGCAAGGUACCGCACCGAGAAUCCGCGCGAUCGACAGAUCCUCGAGGACUUGGACACCACUCCGACGUACGGUGCUGUGGGCGUUCCGGGUCGCCAUCCCGGUCAGCUCGCCGUCAAUGCCAUGCCUGGAUACCGUGAGUAUCUUGCUCGGCUCCAGGCGGAGCAGCAGAGGCAAAACCAGGCUGCCUUGCAGCAGCAGCAGCAGCAGGCUGCCGCCAUGACUGCGCAGAGCGAGGCUGCUGCUGCAGAUGGCGCGAGCGGUGCUGAGGCCGUCGCUGCGAGCGGCGAGCCGGUUCUGCGCAGACGCAGCGUGGCUGGCAAUGCCCUUGCCGGAAGCCACGAGGACGCUGCUGGACUCGAUAAGCGCGGUUGGGGAUCGGCACUGCCACUGGCGGGAAUCGGAAUCCUUCUUGGAUAUGCGCAGUCCAUGACAGCCUUCCCGCAGAACCGCGAAGAGGAACGCAACAAGAAGAAGAAGGAGGCUGCCGAGAAGCAAGAGGCCCAGAUGCAGGCUCAGGGCAUCGCCGGUGGUGACCCCUCCGCUAGUCCUCAGGGCAUGGGAGCCGCCAGUGGUAUGGCUUACCCUCCUUCGGGCGACGGGGUUGUCUUUCCUCAGACUCCUCAGUACUCGAGUGCUGGAGCUGACGGCAGUGCUCUGGCUCCUACCACGCAGUACAGCUCUUCGUAUGCCGGUUCCGGUGUGCAGAGUCAGCCCGACACGUCGGCUGUCAGUGCUGAGCUCAACGCCGCUGCGGGUGUCCAGUCAUCGAGUGGCAGUGGUGGCAGUGUGCUCAAGAAGCGAGACUCCCUGUCUGCGGCUGAUGUCGAUGCCACCAAGCUUGAGUCGCGCUCGCUCUCCAAGCGCGGCGGCUUCGGCAGCGCGCUCGCGAUCGGCGGAACGACGAUGAUGUUCGGCACACUGUUCGGUAACCUGUUUGUUGCGAACAAGCAGAAAAGCAAGCCAGUGCCGUUUGUGACGCCGAAUGCGGACACACGCGGACCCAUGAUCCCGGGCGGCGAGCUGUACACCGAAUUCCUCGAGGCCAAGCGACGCGGUCAGGUCGGCGGUGGCGGUGAUCAGGACGCGCUGAUCGGAGCGGGUGUCGCUGGCGGCACUCCUGCUUCAGUCGGCGCCAAUGCUAUCUCUGCCGGUGCCUCCGCUUCUGUCUAUGCCGGACAGAGCCAAGCUCCAGCCUAUGCCGGAACGGUUGACGGUACCGUCGGUACCGGUGGCACGGGUAGCGUCGCGGCAGCUGCCGGUUCAGCCAUGGCUGGUGAUGGCGGAGCGGUUCUGAAGAAGCGCGCCGUCCACGAGCAAGCGCAUCUCGAGCGACGACUCGCGGUUGCAGUCGAGGCGGUGGAAGCCGAAACCGCUGCUGCCUCUCUUCUGUCCAAGAGCGGUGUGCUUGCCGAAGCUGAGACGAGUGCUGCUGGUGCGCUGCGUGGAUCCAGCGGUGGCCUUGGCGGUCUGUCCCGCGCAUCGGGCAGUGCUGGUGGCCUUGCUCGUGGCGGCGCUGCUGCGGCCGAAGCUGGCGCAGGCGGUCUGGCACGCACUUCGGCGACGGCGGAGCGCGAAGUUGCCGAGUUUGGCUUCCGACCCCAAUCCAACGGACUCAAUGCCGCCCGACCUGCCAUGAUCUCGGACAUCGGCGCUUCAGGAAGGGCAGUGAACCCCGUUCUUCUCGAGGAGCUCGCUGGUAGGAGCGGAGCGGGUUCGGCGUCCGUCCGUGGGCUUACAGGCACCGCUGGCACAUCGAGCGCUCAAGAGGUCCUUGCAGCCGAACGCUCCAGAGCCGCUGAGCUCCAAGCCAUCAGCGAGGGAGGCGACGCAGUGGCUGAAGGGGCUGAAGGAGCGGCCAAGAAGAAGGGCGGCAUGGCAAAGGCCCUCGGCACAAUCGGCACCGCUGCUGGUGCAACUAUGACAUUCAGCGGCACUGGUUGA